GUUUUUAAACUUAAGGAUUUCCAUUGUUCCAGUUUCGGCAGGCGAUUCAGUUGUAUCGAUCUCAACUGGUGCUAGUGCUUCGGGAACUGAAAAGUCUCAGCCAGGUGACAUGACUCUGCGACCAUCAUUCCGUUCUAGGGGUAACCCCUCUAAAGCUGCCAGUGCUUCUCGUGGAAGCGACAGGAACCAAGGAGGAUCGUUCCUUAUCUCAAUGAAGGAAGUUUUGGACGACGGAGGAUCCAAACCUGUUGUCGAGACUACUCCAACUGAGGUUGUAGCUCAGGAUGCUGCUCCUCUCCCUGAGGUCCAGGUGCCGGAGGCUGACUACCAGGCUCCGAAGGGUACCUCUGAGGUCGAGCCGUCGAGACACAAGAGGCCCAGGACCGAUCAGGGCGGAGCUCCCACCCGUUCUUCUUCCUCGUCCUCUAGAGGAGGGACUGUUGGGUGGAGCUUUACCCAUUCGAAGCCUGGGUCGAUCCUGGACGACUCUUGGGGCCUAGCUGCGAUAAUGAGGCACCUGAAGAGCGUGGGAUGUCCCCUUCCAGCGCUCAAGGACCUGACUAACCGAGAUGAGUAUCUCGAUAUUGCUCACUGUAUGGGUCAGUUGGCUGGGGCUGUUAACAGGGCCCAGCUCAGGUUUGAGAAUGCUCUGUAUGCUGCCCCCAAUGCUGGUGAACUUGCUGAGGUUACCGAGAUGGUUAAGGCAGCCAAAGCCGAUCUUGACCAAGCCCGGGUUCGAAUUUCUGAACUCGAAGCCGAAGUGACGAGGCUAGGCUCGAAGGCCGAUGCUCAGCAAGGAGAGAUCGAGAGUCAAAAGCUCGAUAUCCAGGUGAAGAGCAGGAGGAUCAAUGAUUUGGAGGCUGCUCGAAAGAUAGCUGAGCAUCAAGUACGUGAGCUCAUUGCCUCAUCCCAGGAUAGCCAGAAGAACAAGGAAGCUGAAGUCAAGCUGGCUGUCAGGGAGGGAAGAAAGAAGUCGCCGAAGCUUACGGCAAGAUCCUGGUCUGUGUUAAGGAGAAGUUUGCUAGGAAGAAAGAUGAGGUCAGCGCCUUGGUGUACGCUCAGGAGCUCCAAGCUAAUGCCGACCUCUUGAAGGAUAUGCUGAACAACAAGAUCCAAAGCGUUGAAGAGGAGUACAACCAAUUGGUGGCCUUAUUACCAGAAGCGACAACUGCGUAUGAGAAGGCUCAAGUCUCUGACUUCUCGGUCAGCAAGCUUCCUCUUCCCCAGAUCUCGGAGAGUUCAGCUCCAGUCGAGGCAGCUAUAGGAGGUGAUGGCAAUGUGGUCGAUGAGGGAGUUCCUGCCGGUGCUGGUGAUCCGAUUCAGGAAGAGAAGGAAGAUUGAGAGCUACGGCUCUUUUAGCUUUAUGUUUUGUGUUUUUAAGACUUCGGCCUAAGGGCUUUGUUUCGUUAUGCGUUAUGACUUAGUGCCUGAGGAGGCCUUUAAACCUUAACACUUGCUGGAUUUCAAUAGCCUGGGGAGGCUUUUAAACCCUUUCUUAUGUUUAAAUCGUGGCUAUUAUUUCUGUUUUAAGUUUUUGAACUUAACCUCGUUUCAUUUAAUCAUA